UAUCGUGAGUUCUGGAUCCUACCAGCCAAUGACAGCGCUCCGUUGUCAGUCGGCCUCCCUGGUUCUGUUUGUUGUGUUUGGGUCCGUCAUGGCUGCUGAGGGAGACUUCCUGGCGCGGUACCGAGCCGUGUCCAACAAGCUGAAGAAGCGUUUUCUCCGGAAACCAAAUGUAGCUGAGGCGAGUGAGCAGUUUGGUCAGUUAGCCAAAGAGCUGAAGCAGCAGGACUGCCUUCAGUAUGCGGCCUUCUGUAACCUGGCCAUGGCUCGGUGUGAGCAGACUCUCUUUAACGCUCCCGGAGAGGCUCUGGCACUGACCGACGCCGCUCGCCUCUUUCUUUCAUCGGAGAAAGAGAACAGGGCGCUGCAGGCUCCGGGCUUCGACGAACACCUUCAGGCUGCACUUAACUGCUACAGCUUUGCCAUCAAGGUGUACAUCGAGAUGAACCAGCCUGUGAUGGCAGCCAGCCUGUGUCUGGAACUUGGCAACGCACUUAAGGAGAUGAACAGACCCGGAGAAGCCAUCGUUCAUUACCAGAGAGCCGCAGAGCUGCAGACGCAGACGCCGGUCGAAGCUCUGCUGUCCAUGGGAGAAAUGGCCACGUGUAAAAUUCUCACCCGUGACUAUGACGGCGCGUUGUCGGUGUUCACAGAGAUGCAGCUGAUGUGCCAGGAGAGAGGACUGCAGCUACCGGGCACCAGUACCCCUGUUGGAGCGUUUCUGGAUAUCGUGGCGAAAUGUGAGAUCUCCAGAGUUCUUCUGCUGAUGCUGCUGGAGCCUCCGCCUCAGAAGCUGUUACCAGAACACGCUCAGACCCUGGAGCGAUACGCCUGGGAGUCUUUUGACCCUCACAGUCAAGUGACCUUCCUGCCUGAGAACGUUUUCCUGCUCCUGCAGUCGGUCGUGAUGGCGUGUCAGGAGAAAGACACAGAGUCCCUCAAGUCUCUUCAGACCGAGCUCUGGCCGUUUCUGAGCGCCGAGCAGAACCAUCUUCUCCACCUGGUGGUUCAGGAGCGCAUCACGCCGUCUGGACAAGGCAUCUAGUCCGGUCCAGUUCUCGUUCGCUUCCUCUGGGAACGAUAGUUUAUAUAAUGGAACAUUCCUGCUUCAGGCUGGGUCUGUUUUAAGACCUGAAGAAGAGAAAACCUCAGUGUCAGAGGAAACUUCAUUAAGAAAUCAGUGAAAGUCUAAAGAAACGUGUCCUAUUUAUGAUGUCGUAGAUUAAACAGAUGAAACUCAAAAGUCUCUGUGAUAUAAUUUGUUUUAUUAAUAAAUGAUAUGGCUUCAAUUCCACUGUAAUUACAAACAAAACUAAACUUCUAUUGCAUAGAUAUGAAACAUGUUGAAUCAUCCGCCUGGUUCACUUUGUGUUCACGUGUACACGUUGCAUGUACGUUUCUUUUGAUAGCAGCCAACUACACAAAAUCAAACAUGGUUAAAAAAGAAAAACACUCAAUACAAAAAGUUACAAAAAUAUAAAGGUUAUAAUGUACAGAGAUUAAAAACAAAAAGGAUACACUAUACUUCAGUUGUAAAAUAAUGAUACACGAUUAAAAAACUACUUGUUACUGUAAAUUUAAGGCUUGUCUUGUCCUGAUUGUUCAAGUACUGCAACUCCUUUUUUU